CGUAACCGGUUUAGAACAUAUGAAACUGCAAAAAAGCUGAAGGGUUCAGUCAGCGGUUGAAGAGCAGCGUCUAACUCUUGAAACAACUCAACUCAGCUUCAGUGCCUGUUACAAGGGCAUUACAAUGCGUACGAAAAGGGAACACAUAGACAAUGUCCAGCCUGCCACGGUGGAUAAACAUUUUCAAGCAUUAUUAAACGACGAAGAGACAAUCGACUACGAUCCUUCGGAAGAUGUAACACCAGCAGAUUUCCCCGAGUGGUACGAUGAAAAGUUAUUCAAUGCAGGUAGAGACUACUAUGAUUCUAAUAUGGUCGGAAUAUCUACAGCUAGCCUGGCUGGAUUGAUAGCGGUGCUGUCCAUUCCAACGAUUCUAAAAGUUCUCAUUUACACUAAACAAAGUGGAACACCAUGCACAGCAUUCAAAAGAUAUUUUGAAACACUUUUGCACACUCGUGCUUGGUACAUGCAAGAUACGACAGUCAAGGGUUCAGACUGGUUCCGGUCAUUGAACGUAGUUCGUUGGAAACACAUGAUCUCAAGUCGACGAUCUUCUCGAGACGGAAGUGGAGGAAUCUUGCAACGUGACAUGGCUUACACUCAGUUCGGGUUCGUGGGCUACGCUUUGAUUGAGCCAGAGUAUUUGGGCCUGACGAACACUCCGAAGGAACGAGAAGGCCUCAAUCACUUUUGGCGAGUCAUCGGGUAUAUGUUAGGCAUUUCGGAUCGAUUGAACAUUUGUCGCAAAACCGAAGCCGAAACGACACAAUUGUGCAGAAGAUUACAAACCGAAGUAUUUGCAAAAUACUUCAAGGAACUGCCGCCAAAUUUUAUGCACAUGUCGGAGGUAAUGCUCGAUGGAUUUUGGGUCAUCGACAUGACCUUAAAGCCGGAUGUAAUUUUCGCCAUAACAUAUCGUUUGAAUGGAUUGACAUAUCACAAACCACUGAGCACUUGGAGCUGGCUCAAUCUGAAGUAUAGCGAACUUAUUCACACACUUCUAGGCACAUCCAUCGUCGGCCCUGUCUUGCGUAUGUACUUCAAACACUUGAUAGCAUUCCAGUACUGGAUGGUACGAAACUGGCCUAUCAUUGCGUGGAUUCGGUACGGAAGAGAAAAAUCUAAGAUCAAUCUCUAUCCAAAACUCAAAUAGCUAUGACGCGUCACGUUUGAUGUAUAUUUUUUAUAUUGUAUUAUUAUUUUAAAUGGACGAUUUUCAAAGAAUCAAGAGACAUUUGAGGGCCAAGAAAAUUGUUAACCAAAUCUAACGUGACGUUCAAAAGUUUUUACUGAGUAAUUUUACGUCACAUUUAUAGGAUAUUGGUGUGAUAAUUAUUGCAACAUCUUUCAAUUGACAGUCUCAACUUGUUUUUCUUUGAUUCUUUAGAUUUUCACUUGACUACCUCCAGCUUGAUUUGUAUUAACCCAUAAUGAAUUUUACGGGUGUUUUUAGUUAAAUUAACAGUUUUAUGUUACGCUGACAAAACUACUAUCAAAUUACCGUGUCGGCAUAGUUGUAAGUAAUUCGCGUGUUUAUCACGCGA